CGAGCCAAGGAUAAAAGAAACCUAACUGCUGUUGCCGACUUGCCGCUGCUUCAAUCAAUUGAUCCUCCAAGUUCUCGUUGAGGAGCUAUUUCUUCUUCUUCAUCAUCGUCUUCCUCGGAUCGAUCGAUCAAUCGAUAAUGGCGUCGACUGUACUGGUGACCGGCGGUGCAGGUUACAUUGGAAGCCACACCGUGCUCCAGCUACUUCUCGGCGGUUACAAGGCGGUUGUCGUCGAUAACCUCGACAACUCUUCCCAGAUCUCCCUCAAACGAGUCCAGGAGCUCGCCGGCGACCAUGGCUCCAAUCUCGUUUUUCACAAGAUUGAUCUCCGGGACAAACCGGCGCUUGAGAAGCUCUUUGCUUCUGAAAAGUUCGAUUCUGUUAUUCAUUUCGCUGGAUUAAAAGCUGUUGGUGAAAGCGUGCAGAAGCCCUUGCUUUACUAUGACAAUAACCUCAUCGGUACAAUUACUUUGCUCGAAGUUAUGGUCGCUCACGGAUGUAAAAAUCUCGUGUUUUCUUCAUCGGCAACUGUUUACGGAUGGCCGAAAGUGGUGCCUUGCACAGAGGAGUCCCCCAUCAGUGCUAUGAAUCCUUAUGGGCGUACAAAGCUUUUCAUUGAAGAAAUUUGCCGAGACAUCUACCAAUCCGACAAGUCAUGGAAAAUCAUAUUGUUGAGGUACUUCAACCCGGUGGGCGCACACUCAAGCGGGUACAUAGGUGAAGAUCCUCGUGGAAUUCCGAACAAUCUCAUGCCAUUCGUGCAGCAAGUAGCUGUUGGUAGGCGACCUGCACUGACAGUCUUCGGAACGGAUUAUGGAACAAAGGACGGAACCGGGGUACGAGAUUAUAUCCAUGUUGUUGAUUUAGCAGAUGGCCAUAUUGCUGCUUUGAAGAAGCUUUCUGACCCUUCUGUAGGGUGCGAAGUCUACAAUCUCGGAACCGGGAAGGGAACAUCCGUGUUGGAAAUGGUAUCGUCAUUCGAGAAAGUUUCCGGAAAGAAAAUCCCGCUGGAGAUGGCUGAUCGACGCCCCGGUGAUGCCGAGAUCGUAUAUGCAUCAACGGAAAAAGCCGAGCGCGAGCUCAACUGGAAGGCGAAAUACGGGAUCGAUGAGAUGUGCCGCGACCAGUGGAACUGGGCCAGCAAGAACCCGUACGGCUACGAGCCGCCGGCGGCGCUGGAGAAGUGAACUUGAGGAAAGGUGGAGUAUGGGUUUGGUUCUUAUCUCCCCUUUUGCUAUAUUUGUGAUUUUUGUGUUUUGUGUUUGUUGUGUUGUGUUUUUGAGUAAAGAAAAGACAUGAGUUGGUUUUUGUUAAGGAAGGCAAUAAAAUGCAAGAACAGUUUACAGUC